AUUACUGGCAGCACUGCUUCUAGCUGUCAGAUAUCGUACAGAAACCACGCGGUUUUUGUGUAUGGUAUAGAAUUGUUCAUCUAGUUCGUCGUUCCUGCUGUUGCGAGAAAUUAAAUUAAAAAUGGUUAAAGCUGAGCCUGUGGAACGUGAUGGAACAGAGGAAUCUACGUACGGUCUAAAGAACCGUAUCAUGAAACCGAUAACUUCGGUUAAGAAUGGUGGCGCUACGAAUGUUGUUCCUCAUCGCACCGAAGAGCUCCGCCAAGAACAGUUGAGUGAAGAGAGAAUCGACGAAACUGAGGCAAAGCAACUAGAAGUGACUCGCUCGUAUUUUGCGUUCAGAGGCUGCAAGAAACGCAUGCUUGUGCUGGGCUGUGUGGAAGAAAUUUAUGAAAACAAAAUUAAGUUGAUCUUACCUGGACGUAUUACUGGAUUGGUGUACUGGUCAAAAAUUUCUCAAGCGUACACCAAUCGACUGAAGAACGCUAAAUCCACCAAUUGCCCAUCAUUGAGUGAUCUGUACAGUUGUGGAGAUCUGGUGUACGUGAAAGUGUUAAGCUCACGUUCACCCAUUGCACCUCACUGGUCCUUAUCGCUAAGACCAAAUGAUCUACAUAGCGAAUUUCAACGCAGGCAACUCAUGCCUGGUUUGGUGCUUGCGGCAACAAUUGUCGAAAAGGAGGAUAAUGGGUACUUCAUGGAUGUCGGUGUAGCCAACGUGCGCGCAUUUCUACCGGAAGAAAAUCUUGGCCAAAAUAAGGAUGACGUAGGACGCAAUCUUAUUUGCUCGAUAGCAUCGGCGUCACAGCUUGAUUUGGAAACCACGAUCAUUCUCAAGGCUUUUGAUCCGGAUGCUCCUCGGGUGCUGAAUGUUGAGGAGGCCAACUUGAUGACGAUAGUACCAGGAUGUAAACUAAUGUUCACCGUUGGCGAACCGGUAAAGGACGGUCUACAGGGUAUGUUGUUUGAGGAUAUGGUUCCCGCAUGCGUAAAAAAUACCAUGCUCACCAAGGUAACGAGCACUCCGGAGAAGUACAGCAAGUUCAAGAAGAUACCGGCUACACUGCUGUACUUUAUACCCUGGGCGAGAGUAGCAUUUGUUUCCUUGAGACCGUACCCCAAAAAUCGCAUCGAAAAUAAUCCGACAUAUAGACCCGGUAUGAUAAUUGAGGAAGCUUGCGUUAAAGCCGUUGGUCAAAAUGGAGUUUGGUUUCAGUUCCAGAAGAAGUAUCGAGCUGUUAUUGAUCGACCUGAGCUAUUGAACAUAUCGAAGAGUAUGGGUAAUGUUGACUUGAGUGUCAUAAUAGACACUUUUCAAAUCGGAACUACUCAUAAGGUGGUUGUAAUUUCCUAUGAUAAAUUUGAGGACACGUACAUAGUCUCCAAUGAUCCCUCAAAGCUCCAUGAAAAGAUACGGAAUCUAGACGACAUCAUUAUCGGCAAUACGUACGAAGCUCACGUAAUUAAAAUGAGAGAAGAGGGGGCAAUCGUGAAGGUUGGCUUUGUAAAAGGGGUAUUGUAUUACGGAAAUUAUGAUCAACAACACCCGGUUAAGGUUGAUGAUAUCAUUCUAGUUCGGGCAGUUGGCCGUGAAUCUGAUACGACAAUGGUAAAGUUUACCAAUAAUCCGGCGUUCAUGGAUGAAAAGGAUAACAUUUUGUAUGAUUGGGAUCAACUGGAUGAAACACAGCAUCAACAGAGUUUCCUCGGAUUGAUUUACAAAGUAACAUUAGACAGUGUUUACGUUAGCUUCUUCAAUGGUAUCACCGGCGUACUGGAUAAAUAUGUAAACAAUGAUAUCAAAGUGAAUCAGCUUCGUAAGAACACCGUUGAAAAAUUCACCGUGACUGAGUUCGAUACGGCAACUAAAUGUAUCUUACUCGCAUUAACGGCUGCUAACGAAAAUAUUCAAUCGGCUGUCGUCGUUAAUGCCACGGUUAAACGUGUACAUGCCACCGGUGUUGAUGUGCGGACGGAGACUGGCGAGACUGGUACCAUCCCUUCAGAAUGUUUUUCCGAAUUUGGUGAGCAUAACUCGCUUUACAUGAAUCUUCUUCUGAAAGGAAGGACGCUCACAGUGGUCAAGACAAACCCCGGUACAUACAGCUACCGAUUGGUACCGUAUUUCAAGAAGCAGCCCAUGCUCAUCGAAUCCGUAGAAAGAGGAGCGUUGUUGAAGGGGAGCUGCAUCACCGUGGACGGCGUACUGUAUGUAACUCCGUUGCUUAGCAACUUCUCGCAACGAUACGAGGUAAAGACGAAGGAAAAUUAUCGUAAAGUAAAGGAUGGUUCCAUCAUAAAUCUGCGUGUGUUAGAUGUCAACAAAUCUUCUGCGAAAGGUUACGAGCUGAACGUGAGCACAGGUCUGCAUAAUGUGUGCGAAAAUGGUAUUUUCUCCGUUUAUGAGUUCAUGUCUCAUUAUUUGACGGAUGUUCAAAAUUUGAUUCAAAGAUACCAAGAAGAAAAAAUGGCCUUUGCAAGCUACGACCUUGGUCAGCUCGUUGAGUGUGUAAUUGAGAACAUCGAUCCAACAUCCAAUACAAUAGCUGUUGAGGUGUGUGCGAUUGAUAAAGAAUCAAAUUAUCCCGCAAAAGGCAUUGCCACCAUUAUCGUACCGCGUUGGAACGCCUCAUCGUACAAAGUCGGCCAAAAGGUGCCUGGUCGUGUCGUGUGGAUCGAUGUGGAGCGAAUGGUGGUGCAUGUCUGUUUGGAACAAAUGCUGAUUGAGCGUUUUGUACCAAACGGUAGUCAUAGGAUUUCACAAAACCAGUGUUGGGUAUUAUUUGUGAACAAUUACGUACAAGUGUGUUGCCUUAAAUCGGGUUCACCAAAACCAUUGUUGAUUGUACCGGCAAAGCAUCAUUACAAUGACUUUACGCACGGUGCAAAUGAAGGCACCAAUUCGAUUUACGUACGUUUGAUAAAACCAAUACGUCAGAUGAUGUUCGCUAUGGUACCAAAACAGUACUCCAUUUAUGACAUGUUCCGCUACCAAAUCGGUGCUACGACAGGCAGCAUCGCAACCAAGCAGCCUAUGCGUCUGAAGCAGCAGUUGAUUCGUUGUCGACCGGCGCCUGAAAUGUUCGAUGACUCGUACAUGGAUGAGGAGGACGAGUCCGAAAAUGAAAACCAUGGUGACGAAGAGAACGGAGGAAAUACAACAGCAAUUGCAGAAGAGGAGAGUUUCGCGAUAGAAACUGAGGUCAGUGCUAAAAGAAUGGAUAAUGAUGAGGAGGACGAUUACAAUAAUGACGAAUCAAGCGCCCCAACAUCAAAAAUACGGGCCACUAGCAAAGGUAAGCAACAAAAGAAAGGUUCAUCUUCUAAAAAUGGAAAAAUUAAACGCAAGAACGCUGAAGUAGAAGAAAGCGAAUCGUUACCGUUGAAGAAAAAGAAGAAGAAAGUUUCUUCUAUCGAACCUGUGAAAAAGGUGAAAAAGGUGAAAAAGUCUAUUCUUAUAACCGGCAAACAAGAGAAGGCAAAAAAGAUAUCAUUGAAAAAGAAAAAAUCCACGCUUUUAAUCGACCAGCUGGAUGGAGCGAAUGAUAUCUACCUGCAACAGCUGGAUGGUGCGGAAGAUAGCCAUAUCAUACCGAGCGAUAGUAAGAUAGGAUCUAAAAAGCGGAAACGCACUACUGAAGGGCUUCCAGGUGCGUCCAACUUUUGGGAUAGUACCCCCGUUUACAAACGCGCCGUAUCCGAUUCGAGCGACGACGAGGCACACGGCACCGACGACGAACAGGGUGAAACCGCCAGUAAAAAACGAAGCACUGGUAAGGAACGGUUCGAGGCGAUGAAGCAGGAGGAAGAGCGAUUGCGCAGAAUCGAGGACGAGCUGGCGAACCCAUCGGACGAUCCGCAUACACCCGAUCAGUUCGAACGGUUGGUGUUGGCCCAGCCAAACAAUAGCAUGAUGUGGAUACGUUACAUGGCGUUUCACAUGGAAUCGGCUGAGCUCGACAAGGCACGUGCAGUCGGCCGAAAGGCAUUGAAAUCGAUCCACUUUCGGGAGGAAACUGAUCGUCUGAAUGUAUGGAUGGCGCUGUUGAAUUUGGAAAUCCGGUACGAGACAGUCGAUAGCUUCAAGGAGGUGCUGCAGGAAGCGGUCCAGUAUAAUGAUGCCUUUCAGGUGUAUACGCGCGCGGUUGACAUACUAAUCGACUGCCAGAAGCAUUCCGAGGUGCAGACGUUGCUGGAGCUGCUGCUGAAGAAGUUUCGCAAACAGAACAACAUGUGGUUUCUGGUGGCUGACGCAUGGUACCGUAUAGGGCAAGGUGGUAAAGUAAAGCCAUUGCUUAGCCAAGCACUAAAAUCAUUGCCCGCCAGAGAACACAUUCCGGUGAUUGUAAAGUUCGCUUUUCUGCACAACCGUAACGAGAAUCGCGACGAGGCCCAUCUACUGUUCGAGCAGAUUCUAACUUCCUACCCGAAGCGUACCGACAUCUGGUCGCAGUACAUUGACAUGCUGGUGAAGGACAAUUUGGUUGUGAACGCGCGUCAAAUUUUAGAGCGUGCGAUCAUGCAGCGGCUACCGAUGAAGAACAUGAAGACGCUUUACACCAAGUACGUGAAUUUCGAGGAAAAGCAUGGCGAUCGCGAAAGCGUACGGCGUGUGAAACAUAUGGCGGCCGAAUAUGUGCAAGCACAGCUGAACAAUGCUGGCAUCAAAUAGAACAAACAGAAGUAGCACAUACUUUUGGUUACAUAUUUUUUUUUUCAUUGUUUCUUAUGCGUUUGAUGUUAUCCUUAUUGCUUAUAAAGGUUCUUACAUGCAUAUUACAUUGUAGAUGUAAUGGAAAAAAAUACAACCGGCAAUCAAUCAAUUCCUCAUUUACUA